CAGAAUACAAGUGUCGGUAUAAGAUUUUUUCUCUUGUGCUACUGUAUACAGUAUGAUCAGUAAAAUGAUGAACACGGAUGAUGUUGUGAUCCAUGUUAAAGGAAUGCUGGAGAGAGCAAGCCCACCAAUAACUGAAGAGUGUUGCAUUUACAGAGUACCUCUACUUAUCCGCCAACUCAACCAAGAAGCUUAUACUCCAAAGGUCGUUUCCAUAGGCCCUUAUCACCAUAAUAGUCUCCAUCUUCAGAAUAUGGAAAGACACAAAGUUAUGUAUUUGAAGUCAUUUCUUAAACGAACCAAUACAAGUAUGGAAAGCUGGAUCCACUAUAUAGCAUCUAAGGAGCCCCUAAUUCGUCACUGUUAUUCAGACGCACUUCAAUUCACCCCUAACAACCUCGUAGAGAUAAUCUGUGUCGAUUCAGGUUUUAUACUUGAACUCUUUUGGACAUUUAACCAUGGGACAGAUGACAUGUAUCUUACAACACCAUGGUUUGGAAAUGCAAUAUUUUAUGAUUUGUUGUUACUUGAGAACCAACUUCCUUCCUUUGUUCUUCACGAUCUCUUCCGUUUGUCUAUUGGUAAUUUUGGAAAUAAUGACAUCCCUCCAUUCAUCCUAUUUACCUUUGGAUACUUUCAGUCUCUCAAUAAGUCCAAUUUGUCUCCUAAUUUUAUUACAUGUCAUCACUUCACCGAUCUGUUACGAACUUUUCACUUAUAUGAAAGAAAUCAAACUACAAGAACCAACCAAUGGCCGCAUAUUCCUAGUGUUACUAAGUUAUCAGAAGCAGGAAUAAAUUUUGCAAGCACAGAAAGUAAGUGCUUACUAAACUUAAGCUUUUCAAGAAGGGUUCUUAAAAUCCCAAAAUUUAGAGUGUCUGAUUCUACUGAAGAGUUGUUUCGCAACAUGGUGGUUUUGGAGCAGUUUCACUAUCCUGAUGAGGGAUACAUUACAGAGUAUGCUCUUGUUCUGCAAUACUUAAUGAACACGGGAAAGGAUGUGGAUAUUCUCGUUAGAGAUGGAAUUGUGGAAAACUUAUUAGGUGACAGUGAUGCUGCAGCUGAAAGGACCAAGCGUCUCUGCAGAAAUAUUGUUUUGUCAGAUUUCAGUUCUGAUUAUGUUUCUCUCUGGCAACAGUUGGAUGCUUCGUAUAAAAGUCGUCGUCUUAAAUGGAAGUCAACUCUAUGCCGUGAUUACUGUAAAGGGCCAUGGCAAACUGCUGCUACCAUUGCUGCCAUUGUUCUACUUGGUCUCUCUUUUGUUCAAACAGUUUGCUCUAUCUGGCAGACAAAAUAGAAUUAGAAUGUCUCACCCCUUUCCAAGACCAUGUCAAUUAGUCUAUUUCUUCAUUGCUUAUUUUCUUUUGUUGUAUUUUAUUUUUUUGUGUUUUUCCUAGUUGCUCUCUUUAUGUUUUGUUUGGUGUGCCUUUUUGCUGUCAAUUAUUAAUGUACUGUGUUUAGUUAUUGUAAUGCAAGAAAAUUUGGUCA